UUCUUCAGUCGUGGAAAGACAGUGGACGAGCAGGGACCAACUCGUCAUUGGGAAAAGUGGAGGGGAUUGUUUUGUGUGCGUGUCUCAAUUUUCCCAAAGGGUAGGAAUUAUUAUGGGUGUGGUGACGUAAAUUUGUUGGGUGUAGCGUGUCAAAAAUUAUGGGAAAUUGGUCUCCUCGCUGUGUAUGAAAUUAUCCAGAAUUUAGUGCCCGCAUAGUUUUUCCGUUAAAGUGCAGUUAAGUCGUUAAUCGACAAAAUGUGAAAAGUUUUGCUGCCCACGAAUCCACUGGUCAGUCGUUUGUGCGUGGAUUUGAGUGAAAGGGUAAAAAAGUUUGAAGUGCUUUUUCUCGGAUUUUCACAAAAAGUUGGGCAAUUUUGGACUUGCUAGAGACUUGUGUAAUCGUCUCAAAUUAAAUAAUCCCAAACUGCCAAUCAAUUCAUUUACGCACUUGAAGAAAUAAAAUUUACUUGGUCGCAAUUUGUGGCAAAAUGUUUGAAGUAAAUUAUUUUGUAAAGCUAAUGUUAGCUUUGGUAACGGCGUCGGUCGUUAGCGGGAACUACAAUUUAUACGUCGACAAAGAAGAAUUUCAUAGGAUCACGGGAGGGACGUUGUCUCAAGUUUACCUCGUUCGAGACGGUGUCGUGAACGACUACGCACUCGGUUACGUAAUGACGGUGCCGUAUCACAUUCAAUAUUUGGACUUCAAAUGGCAAGCGACGACUAAGAAACCGGUCCACUACGAAAUUCUGAUUGAAUUCUCAGACUUUUUCGCACUGCUUCAACCAUCCGCCAAUAUUUCUAAAGUGGGAAGGCUGCCACACAAAUUGGAAACGUUACGGGUUUCCCUUCCCUGCAGUGGCCGAUUGACGACCGAGGUUCCUGUGAUAAUCCGAUUCACCUUCAACGUGAAACAUGCAACGAAAAACAACGUCCACGGUCACAACGUCACAAAUGUGAACGUGAAGAGGAACAAGAUUUGUCUGCUUAAAGAAAACCACCAACUGACAUCAUCCGUCGUCGCCAUGACACCGAAGGAAAAGCGCACAAAUGUCAUCCCUCCGCUGCACGACAACGUCAGCAACAAUACUCACUUAUCGCACCCGAUAACCCCGCUGGACCAUCCACACGUUCCAUCGGCGACACCAUCGCUGCUUUUGGCUGGUCUGCUUGGUGGCUGCGCCGUCACUGCAUCAAUCGCUUCAGUCGUGUUCUUCAUCUGUUUGAAGAAAAGGUUGCAAAAAAUUGACCAACGAAACAACAAUUCCACUGAUUUCGCAACUGAGAAAUAUUACCAUCCGUCAAACUCCACGACGACGAGCUCCUCCAGCCCAGCGUGUCUCUUGAGAAAUACGAAAACCUGGGUCAAAGACCAGUCACCUCCGUCACACCCACCGCCACCCCUUCCGAACUCAUACGCAAACAUUGCCAGUUUCUGGAACGAUAUUUUGUCAGCGCCAGAAAACAAGUCAAACGCGAGAUUAAAUUCGUCGCUGGUGUCGUCGCAGGAGAGUCCGCUGCACAAACGGUCCGACGUCUCUCCGUACGCUUAUGCACAAAUUAUCCAGCCCAACACUAAAAACAAUGAGUGGUGGAACACCUCGAAUAAUUCACACAUUUACGCGAACCACUUGUCAUCAUUUGCAGGACAAUCAAAUAAAUUAAGUGGCGAAGAAGUGUACGAUUCGCAUUACGCUGGCCGAUCCGUCGGUUCUGGAAGUUUGAUUCAAAUUGAUGGAUUUCAAUGCCCGAAGAACUUUACGAAAGAGAAACACGUGGAGGAGAGAUUUCUGUAAUCCGAUUGGACCAUUUUUAAACUAGGAGUGUUUUUAUACAUCUCAAAAUUUUAUAUUACACCAUUUUACGAAAUUAAACUUGUUAAUCGCAUUUUUUAGGUAAUGAAUGAAAAUAAAACAGGUCGUCGAUGUUUGUAUGAAUAAAUACGUGAAAAGAA